UUCCGACCGUACCAGACACAGGUGGGAGACUUCCGCCCUCGCGGGAGCGGCUGAGGCGUUUGACGGUCGGCGGAGGAGAGGCGGUGGGAGUCUUGGGGAACAGAGCGAGAUGGAGAAGCGAGGCCGAGGCGUGAAGUCGAGCCCCAUCCAGACCCCGAACCAGAGCUCUCAGCAGGCGCCGGUGACGCCUAGGAAAGAGAGGAGGCCUAGCAUGUUCGAGAAGGAGGCAUAUGCACAGAUUUUAAGAGAAAGACUGAGAGAGUCAAUUCACGAUGUUCAGUAUGUAGAGCCUCCUUUUGAUGACUCAGUUGCUGAUAUAGGUAAAGAAUGGAAGAGUGCCCUGGCAAAAUUAAAGUUUGCUAAUUCAUAUAGAAUGGAGCCACUGAAGAAAUUCCAAGCUCAUUCAGUAGAAACUAAAAUCCAGCAGAUACUAACAGAAAGUCUUAAAGAUGUCAAAUAUGAUGAUAAAGUAUUCUCUCACUUGUCACUUGAAUUGGCAGACCGCAUACUGUUAGCAGUCAAAGAAUUUGGGUACCACCGUUAUAAGUUCAUUAUAAAAGUAUUAUUUAUUCAAAAGACUGGCCAAGCAAUAAAUAUUGCCAGCAGUUGGAUCUGGGACAUUGCAUGGGACAGCUGGGUCGCAGCUAAACAUGAAGCAGAAUCCUACAUAGCACUGGUCUUGGUGUUUGCCCUUUAUUAUGAAUAGCUCAUUAUAGGUACUAAGGAUUGUUUACUUCUGAGCUUUUCAAAAAUAAAUGAAAUUUACAUAUUUGUGAACCUCAUAAUAUUUCUGAUUUGCUAUAUUCUUAUUCUCAUUUGAGGCCUUCCAAUUGUAUUAUUUUAACAACAAAG